CGCGACGGAGGCGUUUGGCUUCCGUCGCGCAUGCGUCGUGCGCCCUCCGCGCAUGCGCAGAAGAGAAAAAAGAAAUAUACACAGAGAGCGAGCUUCGCCGCCGUCAGACGGUUGUGUGGCGAGAGGAUCCCGACCGCGCGGCGGCCAUGAGCGGUUUCGGUGCCCCGCUCCGGAGCCCCAGCAGCGAAACCUUGGAGAAGAUCGACAUGUCUUUGGAUGAUAUCAUUAAACUGAAUAAGAAAGAAGAGAGGAAGCAGUAUAUCCCCAGAAUGAAGAGGGGAGUUCAACAGAAUGGCACACAACAAUUUAGGAUGAGGAGAACCAAGUGGGGAAUCCAGGAAUACACAAGUUUUGGCAAGAACCGCUUCGGCCGCAGAAGGAGGCUAGCAGGGAAGAGGCACCCAUACACUGUUAAAACUGGCCUGGCAGCUAGAAAAGCAUUAGGAACCCACAAAGGCAUAAGCCCUCUCAACAGAUCACCUCUCAGUGAAAAGAACAUACAGCGAAACUACUCAGUUUUGAAAAGGAAGACAACCAUUCAAAGAUCAUCUGAGUUACAGAGGAAGCAAGGAGCUAUUUUCAGGAGGCCUACCUUGUUAAACAGAAGAACUAAUAUACAAUCCCCUUCUGCCAGGAUUGGGAAUAAGUUAUACCAGCAGAAAGACACACGCCAGGCAACUUUUCUCUUCAGGAGGGGCCUGAAGGUGCAAGCACAAGUACAUCCAGAAGAUAAUCUCAGUGGCCAGGGCGCAAAAAGAACUCGUCUAUGGCGAACAUCCACUACUAAUGGAGGAAUUUUGACUGUAUCUAUUGACAAUCCUGGUGCAAUUCCUUCUCCAAUUUCUUUGAAGCCAAGGGUAAGCAGUACGCCUAUACCUCCCUUUCUUAUGAAGCGGGAACAGUCAGAGGAGAAGAAGGUUCCUAAAGGAGUCCCACUGCAGUUUGACAUUAACAGUGUUGGAAAACAGACUAACAUGACCCUCAAUGAACGUUUUGGGAUCCUGAAGGAACAACGGACGACCAUCUCUCAGAACAAAGGCAGCCGUUUUGUAACUGUGGGCUAGGGGCCACAAAGAGACAUCCCAUCUUUCUAAGUAACAGUGGGCCAAAAAGUAUGGGGAUAUAUUGGACUUUGUCUCAAGAUGCUGAUGAAGCUGAACAUGUUUGGGUUUUUUUUAAAAAAAAUAUAAAGAUUGAUUUCACUUAAAAUAGUUGGAGAAAAAACACAACCCUAAGAUGAUAGUGGACCAUAAAAACAAGAAAAUUCAGUAUGCUUAUUUAAUAGUUUCAUGUUACCUGGAAGAGGAAAAAUGCCCACAUAACCCCAAGGAGGGAAAAGGCAAAUGUGCUGACUUUGAUUUCUUAAGCAGCCAAUGGAUGUUGGUGCUGAAUUGGUCUUUGCUCCAUCCAUUGCUACAAAGCAACAACUCGUGUCAUUUUAUUAUACCUUGCUGCCAACAUCUGAAAUCUCGCUUGGCAUCCACCUUGCAGUGAAGAACAUUGACCCCUUCCUGGCCACUUUCCUGCUGCUUUAUUUCAGAGUUCUUGGAUCCUUUAAAGUUCUGCAGUUUGCCUGACGCACUGGAAGUUCAGUUGUUUGGAAACAAGCAGUGAUAUAACAAUGCAACAUUUCGCAGAGGAAAAUAGGUGUAAUGAGCCAUUUCCAUCACACCUAUUAUCACACUUUUUAAGCUACUAGUAAGGCACCUCUGAGGGUCAAUAUGAAUCUAGUCCUUGUGCUUGAGAAAUGAACACAUUGGUCUCUGUGGGUAAAAUGUUUAACCAAUGUGUGUGGUAGGUUUCUUUUUUUAAAAAAACAGUGACUUUGCUUUAGAAUUCACAAGCUGAAACUUUGCGUUGAUGACCAUUUUGUGUUACCAGAUGAAUUAUUUUAUUUGUUACUUAGUUGUGUUGUAGAAAUGUGACUUUUGUGACUCCUGUAGUUGGCAGUAGUUUCAACAGGUGAGUGUAAUGGGGAUCAAGAAACCUUCCUGUUGUACCAAGGGAUUGGAAGCGGUGGAGUCAACAUAUCAGCAAACACUCAAACCUUCAUGUGUGCUGGCUUUUUUAAUUUAAAUGGACAUGUGUUAUCAUUUUCAGGAUGUGUACAAGGUUGAGCAUCCCUGAGUUUGGCAUCCAGACUUAACUGAGGUUAGCCAUGUUAAGAGGCAUGGCUUGAGCCAGGCCUGUCAUGAUACCACUUGCUUCCUGGACUAAGCAUGUCCAUAGUGCUGCAUUUGGGGAACAUCGGCAAAAGGAUUCUUCAUGGUUUGCUCAGUCUCAGAAACCUGGUAUAUUUGAGACAGUAUCUAUUUUUCUGUUUAAAAAAUAAGUCCCAAAUAAUGUGUUUAUCAUAAAGGGUCAUGGCAAAAACCUCCCUGGCAGUCGUGGAGACCCGUUUAGAGCCCCGUUUAGAGCAGUUUUAAGGUAGUCAUGCACCCAUGAAAAUUAGUGUUUAAAUUCUUCUCUUUUUAAUUCUUUGAAAUACCUUCUGUAACUUUGGAAUAAAAAACAACAACACAUUUGGAAUAUUAAAGGGUUUUUUACGUUUUGUUAGUAGGAAUUCUGUUGAAGAAAUCUAUUAGAACUGAUGUAGAUGGUAUGUUGAUAAGCAUCCUGUGUUUGAUUUCUACCAGGAUGCAAGUAAAAAAAAUCCUUUUGCAUCAACAUGGAUGCAAAACAUUGAUGCAAUGCAUCUCAAGAAAGCUAGUUUGUAUUUAAGGAGAAUAUGCUUUAAGCUGUACCUUUUGGUAUUUUUUUUGAGAAGUUAAUACUAUUCUAAAACUGUUACACUUUUUAAAAAUAAAAAUGUUCCAAGGCU